AUGGUCAAAUCAACUCAGAUUGCCAGGCUUGACGGCCUGAUGCUGGCAGCGUCAGUGGACGAUGAGCAGGCUGAAACGGAGCUUUCUGAAAUCAAAUCGCAAGCUAAGAUGAUCUUCCGACGAAUGAGUCCCAAUUCGGCCCCCCAGGCGAGCAUUGAAUCAGGCCAAUAUAAUCUACAUUAUCUGAUCCAAGAUGACGUCUGUUUCCUUUGCAUAUGUGAUCGCUCAUACCCCCGCAAACUUGCCUUCACUUAUCUCUCUGAUAUCGCAACCGAAUUUACGAAUACCUACCCCGCUUCACAAUACAAGUCCCCGAGCCUACGACCAUAUGCAUUUGUCGAGUUCGAUACGUUCAUCCAGCGCAGCAAGAAGGUGUACCAGGAUAGCCGCGCCUCGGCCAACCUCGACCGGUUAAACGACGAGCUUCGAGAUGUGACCAAAGUCAUGACGAAGAAUAUCGAGGAUUUGCUAUACCGAGGUGAUAGUUUGGAGCGUAUGGGUGAAUUAUCAGGCCGCCUGCGGGAAGAUAGCAAAAAGUAUAGGAAGGCGGCAGUGCGUAUCAACUGGGAGCUGCUGGUAAAACAGUACGGUCCAUUCGCAGGUGUUGGUCUCAUAUUCAUUUUCCUUAUUUGGUGGCGCUUCUUCUAG